GGGUUAGUUACACCAUGCAAAUUUUCGCGCCGUACGGCCGGUGGUUUUCCUAGCAGAACCGGCCUCCCCUCUUGUUUUACAAUAAUAACUGCACAAGCUACGCCACGGCCACAUGGUCAAAACAGCACCCCAACGGAAAGCAACGGAACGGCGAUGUCGACAUGCCCACGCCUCCCGUCUGGCGCGACGCGAUGGCAUGCAGACGAAGAACCACCGCCCCGAAGACCGCGUCCGAGAAGGCAGCGCAAGCGCAAGCGCACGCGUCCACCCGCCACCCGUUCCGCGCACGACCAUGUCCACCACCGCCGCCGCCCGCACGAAGCGCUCGGCGUCCAUGCCCCUCCCCGGCGCCAGCGCCGGCGGCAACGGCAAGGACCCGCUCCCAGUGGGCGGCGGGCGCUCGCGGCUCCGCGACGAGCAGCUGCGCCAGCUCCGCGAACUCUUCCUCCGCUUCGACCUCGACGGCGACGGAAGCCUCACCAAGCUGGAGAUCGCCGCGCUGCUCCGCUCGCUGGGGCUCCGCCCCGCGGCCGGGGACGAGAUACACGCCCUCAUCGCCGCCAUGGACGCCGACGGCAACGGCACCGUCGAGUUCGACGAGCUCGCCUCCUCCCUGGCUCCGCUGCUCCUCGGGCCAUGCCGCCCCGCCGUCGCUGUCGACCAUGUGGAGCUCGCAGAGGCCUUCCGCGCCUUCGAUCGCGACGGGAACGGGUUCAUCUCCGCCGCCGAGCUCGCGCGCUCCAUGGCGCGGAUGGGCCACCCCAUCUGCUACGCCGAGCUCACCGACAUGAUGCGCGAGGCAGACACCGACGGCGACGGCGUCAUCAGCUUCCAGGAGUUCACCGCCAUCAUGACCAAGUCCGCCGUCGACUUCCUCGGCCUCGCCGCCUUGUGACUCUCUUACCAAUCGGUCGAUCCCCCUUCCCUAUUUGUGCAUUCCUUCCCUUUUCUCUUCCAUUUGGCUUUGCUAAUACAUAUAAAUUUGGGCUGACUUGGCUGUAUGUAUGAUAUGUGAUGGUGUAAAUAUGAUGUGAUGGUGUUGUAGUGCACAUUUCAUUUGAAAUUGCUAUUCCGUUCAACCAAAAAGGGAAUAAUUGUCUGACCAAA